AUGUCGUCAGAUAUAAUUGUCGGAUUCAUUCUGCUCUAUAUAUCCACUCUGGGUGUAAUUGCCAACUGGACAGUGUUCUUAUUCCUUUCAAAAGUUCCAUCAAUUCACAAGUCUUUUGGAUCGCUUACUCGAAAUCAAGCCCUUGGAGAUGCAAUUCAAACCACUACUGUAUUAUUUGUAGUUGUACCAAUGGUUUUAUUUGACAUAGAAUUCUUGAAAAUUAAUUCAAAUAUUGUAUCGUUUGUAAUGCUUUUUGGAUAUGAAGUAUCGGUUCUUUCCCACCUUCUUUUGGCUUGUAAUCGGUUAUGUGCAGUGACUAAUCCGCUAAAAUAUCAACAAUUGUACAGCCAGCGGUUCACAAUUGGAAUGCUCUUCACAGCGAAUAUGUAUGCAUUUGCGUCAAUUAUUGUUCUCUACACAAGUGGAUGUAGAUACUUUUGGAGCAGUGAACUACAUAUGUUUAUGUAUCAUGUAUCCAAUUCAUGUGUAAACUUUUCAUUUUACGGAAUAUUCUGUAAAUAUCUUACAAUAAUUAUUCUUAUCUUGCUAAUUGACUUAUUCAGUAUUUAUAAAGCAAGAUUAUUUUUGCAAAAAACACAACAAGAUCGGAUUAGUCAUCAAGUUAACACAAAGGAAGUUGGGCUGCUGGUUCAGACAUGUCUGCAAGGUCUUUUGUUUACCGUGGAACUAAUAUGUUAUUUCAUUAUCUCACCGCAUGUAGAAAAUAAAUGGGCUCAAUUCUUUCUCACAACUUUUGCAUUUUUGACCAUUCAUACUUGUGAUGGAACAAUAAGCAUUUUUUGCAAUGGAGACUUUAGAAAGUAUAUUUUCAAGAACUCGUUCACCAAAUUAUCUGGUCAAUUGAGUAAAGUUGGACCACGCACUGAAUCUCAUAUACCACAAUAAAACAAUAAAUUCAUCAUAUUUUAUUAAAUUUCCUUCACGGUUGUUGUUUUGAAUAUAUCAAUUCUAACCCAAUAAAUUUACUUUAUUAAUUUUA